CGGGGCCCGGGGCCCCCAGGCUUCCCUCCCGCGCUCUAGGGCCUCCCGGCGGCAGCAUGACCCCGGAAGUGGGGUGUCGGGCUCCGGUGCCAGUGUGGCGGGGGACUGCGGCGCGAGCCUCAGAUAGCAGUGGCGGCAGGAGCAAUGUUUCACUUCUUCAGAAAGCCUCUGGAAUCUAAGAAGCCCUCAGUACCAGACACAGAAGCAGAUGGAUUUGUCCUUUCUGAGGAUACAGCAGAUGAGCAAAGAAUGGCGGCAAGAGUUAAAACCUCAGGAGUAGAAGGCAACCAACCUUUGGAGACUGGCAAAGAAAACUCAUCCAGUGUGAAUGUAGCAGGCCCUGAGACGGAAAAUAAGGCAGGCCACACUCUGGAGAACAGCUCAUUAAUGACCGAGCUCCUGAGCGACGUGCCCUUCACCUUGGCCCCUCAUGUGCUGGCAGUGCAGGGCACCAUCAGCGACCUUCCUGACCACUUACUCUCCUAUGAUGUCAACGAAAACUUAUCCCGGUUUUGGUAUGAUUUCACUCUUGAAAAUUCAGUGCUCUGUGAUUCAUAAUCUUUAUGUGUGUUUGCACCGUAACAGCUUUAAAAAAAAAGUUUGCCUAUUUUAUUUAACGUGUUUGAUGUUCUCUGCCAUUUCACUGUUUAAAGGCCCUCAGCAAAGCAAGGAUCAUAAAGCAAAGAAAAUAGCAUUAUGGUCAUCCUUCUGUUUUUUAGAAUAAAGUAUAUUUGUAUAAAAAUGGAACUUAAGUUCUACUUCCUUUCUUCAAAUAGUAGACAUAAACAUUAGGUUAUGAAGGUCUUAUGAAAGGAGUAGAUUCCUUCAGCCAGUCUCUCAAAAUGUAACACCUCAAAUUUAUCUUAGAAGAACUGUGAAAAAGAACCGUGGCAUUUUUCUUAGUAACCACAACUCUGAAGUCCUUCAGAGGAAGCUUGAAUGAACGUUAUUCCCUUUCUUCUUCCACAAUGUUUUGAAUGAAUUCAGAAAAAAAAAAGUUGCCAGUUAACUUAAUUUCUUCAGUCUCAAUGUAGAUAUAUAUUGGUGUGGAAAUUUCUAACUUUUCCUAAAUGGCAGUGGUAGUUUGCUGAUACUAGUAUGCUCUUACUGCUGGGCAUGCAGCUUCUUGAGUGGUACGUGUCCUUUUUAUUAAACCUGUGGCAGUCCUUUCCACCUUGAGUGAUUCCUGCUUUCCAACCUUUGUUCUCUGCCUUUUUGCUAUUUCGGAGUGUGCUCUCCGACCACCUUUCUACAGAACUUGCGCUGCUUCUGCCUCUGUUGGCAUUUGCUCUCCUUACCACAUAUGUUCCCAGUUUAUGAGGAGCUCCACUAUUUCCCUUUCAACCUCUCUGCCUCCUAAGAAAAACAUCUCAUGGUGAUACAUAUUAUUGCUGAUAACACCCUUAUUUAGAAACUUGUUGGCCCCAAUACAGAUGGAAAAGUUUUCCUGUUAGAACAACUGAAAUCAACUCAUUAGAGUGUAGGCAAAGCACCUAGAUACAACUUUUAGUUCUUGAAUAUCCAUUAUUUUUUCCAACUAAAACAGAAGAGAACUGCCAUUGCUCAAUAAACUGUAAAGGGAAGAGGUAAAUUGUGAUAAAGAAUUUUCUAUGCCAUGGAAAAUUUAAAUGACAUUUGUUUUGAUUGGUAGCAAUAUGAUUUAUUAAUUCUGUGCCAAAUUUUAAGUAUAUUUUUUCACAGAGAUAGAGUGCCAUAGAAAAACUAAAUACCAUGUGUAAAGGUACAUAAAUUAUUCAAGUUUUACUGUAUUAUGCAUGUUUGUUUAAUAAAUGUGGCAUGGUCUUGAUAAAAAUGCUAUAUUAU